GGGGAACCGCACGGCGGCGGGCCCGCUCGCGUCCCCGGAGCCCCGCAGCCCGCAGCCGCCUCGCCACGUGGACCGCAUGGUGGGCGACGACCCGUACAACCCCUACAAGUACGCCGACGACAACCCCUACUACAAUUACUACGACACGUACGAGCGGCCGCGGCCGGCGGGCAGGCACCGCCCGGGCUACGGCACCAGCUACUUCCAGUACGGUCUCCCGGACCUGGUACCCGACCCCUACUACAUCCAGGCGUCCACCUACGUGCAGAAGAUGGCCAUGUACAACCUGCGCUGCGCCGCGGAGGAGAACUGCCUGGCCAGUUCUGCAUACAGGGCAGAUGUGAGAGAUUAUGAUUACAGGGUGCUGUUAAGAUUUCCCCAGCGAGUGAAAAACCAAGGAACGUCUGACUUCUUACCCAGCCGCCCAAGAUACUCCUGGGAGUGGCACAGUUGUCACCAACAUUACCACAGCAUGGACGAGUUCAGUCACUAUGACCUGCUGGAUGCCAACACACAGAGCAGAGUAGCCGAAGGUCACAAAGCAAGUUUCUGUCUCGAGGACACGUCGUGUGACUAUGGCUAUUACAGGCGAUUUGCAUGUACUGCACACACACAGGGGUUGAGUCCUGGAUGUUACGAUACCUAUGCAGCAGACAUCGAUUGCCAGUGGAUUGACAUUACAGAUGUACAACCUGGAAACUACAUUCUCAAGGUCAGUGUCAAUCCCAGCUACCUGGUUCCUGAAUCAGACUACAGCAACAACGUUGUGCGCUGUGACAUUCGGUACACAGGACACCAUGCAUAUGCCUCAGGCUGCACAAUUUCACCGUAUUAGAAAGCAAGUCCAGCUUCCAGUGGAUAAAUCAGUACCUGGUGUUCUGAAGUGAGAAACAAAUAGAUUAGCUUCAGUAGGAUUAACAUAUUUUGAAAAAGAGAACAGAAAACAAGAAAGGAGUUUUUGUUUGGACUCACAACAAAGCACAUAACUGGAUUCUGAAUAAUUAAAUCAACACUAUUUGGGAAGUUUUUAGUAUUUAUUCACAUUACUUUGUGAAUUAACACAGUGUCUCAGUUCUGUAGUUACAUACUUGGUUCUUUCAAAGAAAUGCAAACUUCAUAUGCUUCUUUUGAAAUUAUAGUAUAAAAGGAAAAUAAUAUUUUAAUGAAUGAGCCAAAAUUACUUUGAACUGAUUAUUUUCUAAAGUAUUGAGACUUCUGUGAAACAUAAUAAUGAUGUGCUUAUAUGUGUCUUAGUGUAAAUUAAUUUAGAAAUGAUGCUCCUACUGUUUAAAUAGAUACGGACACAUUUGGUGCUGUGGAAAGAACAAACGUAUUACUGUUGUUGUCAAAAAAUAUUAUUUAGCAAAGAAAUGGCAAUACAUGUAUUCAGAUAGUUAUAUCCUUAUGUAAAAAUCAUGUUUACAUUUUCUAAAUUAGUAGAUAACUUUCUGUCAAGUGCACAGUUUCAUUUUCACUUGAGACAACUUUUGUUUGGAAUUAAUUAGGUAAUUGAGCUGUCCAGUUCCUGUCUGAUAUUUUUCGAUGCUCCCCUCUACUCUUACUUUUUCUAUGCAUACAGACAUUUCAAGUGAUAUUCUUAAAAUUAUCAUUCUGGGAACUGACAUAAGUGGACAACUUUGUAACUGGGAAGUCAUUCUGGGACCAGUAUCAUACAUCCAAAAAUAAUACACAUUUAAGCAUAUAGAAGUGUUAGCCAAAAGUAAAAUUUCCUUGAUGACAUAAAAAUCAUACAAAAAAAUCACCAAAACCACACUGUCUCUCAAAUACUUAAAAGAAAAUGAAAAACAUAUCAGGAUCUUCAAUUCUCCUAUAUUUUUAACUGUUUAGCUAUUAUAAAGACACAAAAAUUUUUCAGUUAUCCACAAUAGAUGACAACAGUACCUGUAGAACACAGGAAUAUCAUUCUAGGAUAUUCAGGAAUUGGUCAUACAUGUUUUUGUGUGUGCGUGUAUGUCUGACAUAUAGUCCACAUUAGCAAGGUACAUACUAGCAAGCAUUGCAUACUUGGGUUGGUAAAUAAAAGAGAAGAAAGUACCUUCUGUAAAACCAAGGACUACAGUCCAGAUUGAGACAGCUGUGAUUCUGUUUUAAACUGUGAAACUAUGUGCAACAGAAUUUGGAAAAUCUUUUUCUUAAAUUCAAAGAUGCAGAAAGAAAUCAAAUUAGACUCUUAAUUUAGUGGUGCUUAGGCAGGUGUUUUCCUACAUUUAACAAGUAUUAAAAUUUCAAGCAAAGUAUUUGCAGUGUCAGAACAUACUAGGUAAAAUUUUAAAAAGGAGUUGGUUAUACGUCCUGUCGUAUAUGUCACAGAUUUGUAAAGUCAACACCAACUACUAAUACUUUUGCACUUACUGGGUAUAUAGCAUGAUAAAAGGGACAAGAGAUGGUCAAGAAAUAGUCAUUGGGGUGGGUGGGAUGAUACACGUGGUCCUUACCUGCCCACGCACACCAAUAAAUACAGGUGGAACUUUCACUGAGCUGAGGUCUGAGCUGUGGGAUACCUUGUUUGCCUGAAGUGGCUUUUAGUUUAAGAUUGUAGAAUGACUCUUUCAAAUUGUAAUCUUUUCUAAUAGAGGUAUUUUAAUAUACUUGCUUAAGUAAAACUACUGUCAGUAUUAAUACUGUGCCAGACUGGCGUCUCCAGAUUUAACAUCUAUUGUCUCAUGAAGAUUUUUAACCCUGCUUCAAAAACUAGCCAAUAACAAGACCUUUGGAUACAUGAGAGGAACACGUCUGUAGAAAUCUCAAUUAGAUCUUUUAUCUGUUUAUCCAUCAGUCAUCAUCUGAGGACCUAAUAUAAGCCAGGCGCUCACAUGCUAGGCAUUGGCACCCACAGAACAUUGUCUCUACCCUCAUAAGUAUGACAGAUGUAAUUAUUACCCAUUAGGUUCAUCUUAUUUUACUCUAACAACUAAAAGUACAUGUCCAUACAAGUUCAACUGUAACCACUAUUAUUUUUCAUGGCCAUUUUUAAUUUAUAAAAAGAAAAGUUAAUAAUUAUAUGCACAUAUGUAUUUCUAAUAAUUAAAGAGUUCAAAUCCCUACAAUGUCUGUUUAUUAAAUAUAACAUUUAAUAUUUGUUUAUUUUGCAAAAUACGUUUUUCAAUUAGGAAGCUAAAGGUUCUUGUUUAUUCCUUUUGUGAAUAUUCCUCCCCUGCCCAUCAUUCCAAACACUUACAAAGAACUCCUCAGUGUUUGUUUAACAUUCAGUAGUUUCACUAGUGACCUUGAGCUGUCCAAUUCCUGUCUGAUGUUUGUUGAUGCUCACCUCUGGUCUUACUUGAACCUUAAGAGGUCUUUUCCUUUGAAUAAAUAUCAAAACUCACAUAAUGAUUAGCUGGCGAGGAUCAUCAAUUCAUAACAAAAAGAGCACAAUCUCGUCUCACCAAGCUAAGGGUGUAGAAACAACACGACACUGAGCACUGAGGAGAGGCAGCUUUUACCCAACAGGGGCUGGGAACCAUGGAAAACACAACUUCGUGAGCUCACCACCUGCCACGUCAGCAGUUUUACAAUUACUCAGCCCACAGCCCAGCUUAAAGACAUCGUGGCCUUUGAGACUCGUCGGUCUCCCAACAGAGCCAUGACAUAAGUGAGUGUGCAACUUGCCUAUUUCUAGAAAUCUUUAUAUUUUUAUAUGAUAACUUUAUUUACAAUUUCUGUGUAAUUAUUCACUAGGAAUUAUUUGUAAUUAACAAUUUUUGCUCUUUGAAAUCUCAUGAGAAAGUCACAUUUAUAAACAUCCCAGAUGGUCAAAGUUUAGAGGAAACACAGUUUACCAAGAUUUUCCUGAUACCAAAAGAUAAUUUUUAGAAGACUGAAAUUCUGGUCAUGAGAUAUUUUGUUUCUAAGAAAUUUACUUUAAAACUAACAGUACAUUAAAAGAUUAGAAGUACCUUUUUCUAUAAUUUUUUAAUUUAUAUUCACAACUGAUAUAUUUCAUCUACAAAUUAAGUUUCACUCCUGGUACCCAAAGUUCUGGCUCACUUCUGAAUGCAAAGCAUUGCAUUCAUUCUUUGAGCUAAAAUGGUGCUGAAUUAUUUCAACUUGAAUGUAAAAUGCAUUAAGUGUUAGCUCACAGGACAUAAACAUAUAUUUAACAUAAAACUGCUUGCUAUAAACUCAGUGACAUGUCAUUUGGUAGUAUAAUGUUUUUAAGGCAAUUUUAGUUUCUCCCAAUUUUUCUGUAAUCCUAUUUGUAAAAUGUGUAACUCUUUUGAAGAGCUUUUAUUUUAAAUGCCUAGACACUGGCUUUAUUCUCUGCAUUCUCAUAUUCUUUUAUUUUUAUUCAUACUCUUUUAUUAUAUGACAUAUUAUAAUUGCAAGAUUAUGUAAAAAUGCCUUGAAUAAAUGAUUUUCAAGUGUC